AUGGUGAGCCGGCCCGGCCCCAAACAGCCGCUCAGCAUCGUCUCGGCCCCCUCAGAAGCCAAGCACAAAGGCACUAACCCUGCACAGGAGGCGGUGAGAAAUAACUACACCUCUGGACAAGUUUAUUUCAAGCUAUUUGAUGAGGUGGAGAAGAUGAAGUGCUGGAAGGUCAAAGUCGACUCUGACUUUGUGCAAAAGGACAGGAGGCUGCAAGAUAACGCCAAAACAAUUGAAAGCCAGCGCAAAGCCAUCCGAGAGCUACAGUUUGAUAAUGAACGUCUGAGCACAAAGCUUCUGGAACAGUUCAAUGAAAAUGAGGAUUUAAGGAACAAAAACAACACAACAAGCACCUUGUGCAGUAUCCUCAACGAAACAGUUCAACGGUCGACUGAGAAAAUGCAUUUAUUUGAAUCUGAAAGAGAAGAAACUCAUCAGCUCUUUUUGGAAAACGGUGAAAACAUCAAGAAACUAAUUGAAGCGUUUGACAGCCUCCGUGUUAAAGCAGAAGACGACCAACAAGAGAUGCACAAAGUCAAAGAGGAUUUGCUGCUCCAUGAAGAUGUAAAGGAAAAAUAUCAGCAAGAAUAUGCGAUGAAAGAAGAGGAGAUUGCAAUCCUUCGGGCAAAACUUAUGGACAAGGAAAACAAACUGCAAACAACCCUCGUUGACCUCCAUGAAGCUGAGAAGCAGAACCAUCAGCUGCAAGAGUCAACACGUUCGUAUGCCUGCAUCUUUCUGUCUAUCAGAGAGGAGUCCGAUUCUGCGAAAGCUCGAAUGGAAGCAGCGCUUUUAGAAACUGAAACUGUCCAGAGGAAAAUUGAGAGAAAUUUUGAGAUCCUGCAGGAGGAAAUCAAAGAAAAAGAAAAGGGCAUCAAAGCUGUGGAAACAAAGCUGCGUCAUCUCAGAGAAAAACUGGAGGUCAAUCUCAAAGAACAGGAGGAAUUCAAGAAAGAGAAUGAAAUGCUGAAGAGAGACCUUGCUGAAGAAACUGCUAAAUCCCACGAGAUUAACUGUCUUUACGAAGAGUCCCAGAACUUAAAACGACUUAAAGAGGAAGAGCUUCAGAAGUUACAAAAGGAUCUUGAAGAGAAAUCAACCUUUUCUGCAGAGCUGGAGAAAGAGGUGCAGCAGCUCAAGUUAGAGGCAGCAGAGGCGUUCAAGGAGAAGGAAGACGCACAACUGAAGUGUCAGCACAAAAUAGCAGACGUGUUGGCUCUGAUGGAUAAACACCAGGGCCAGUGUGACCGGGUGGUUAAAGAAAAAGAUGCAGAGCUGGAGGCCAACAAGAAGUCACUGGAGCUGGUUCUCUCAAAGCUCAAGAUGGAAAAUGAUGAGUUAAAUCAACAGCUGAAGAUGGAAAAAGCAGAUAAAGAAAACUUAAAGAGGGAGCUUACUGACUUGAAGAAAGAAUUGUCUUUGAAGAUCAGUGAGCUGUCAAAUGCCAGAGACAAACAGGUGAAGUCCGGCGCUCUGUUCAGCAAACAGGAGGGAGGCUCUGAGGCUCCAGGAGGAAACGCUCCGAAGAGUCAGACGUUUGACUUCUCCGACGUCUGGAAGUCUCCGUCCCGGCUCAAAGACAAACAGACUGCAGCCGUUACUAAGAAAGCUGGAACUCCUGGUGAAUCGAUGAGAACUCCCUCUGCAACUCCGAAGGCCAAGCACCUCCACAGUGAAGACCUGAGAACUCCAGGAAGUGUGACCAGCAGGGGUGGCGGAGCGUCAAAAAUCAAAGCCUACAGAGUAAGGACGCCACCUUCUGGUGAGAAGACGGCACUGUGGGGGAAGAAGAGCACUUAUCUGGAGCCGAAGUCAGACAGCUCGGAUGAAAUAGAUCUCCUGAGUUUUGGUAAAGCUCGCACGCCCAGUCUUUCUGCUCCGCACUGCACAGUCAGUCUCUUCAAAAAGGUAACAUGACCUCAGUCUCCAGCUACGAACGAAUCUCCACGAAACUCCUUAAAGCUGGCAGCAAUCAAAAGAAUGAGAGCUGCUGGUUGGACGGCUGUCACAGGCUCGGACCAAAAGAAGAAGAGGACCAACGACAAGAUCUUUCUGUAA